CGAAUUCACAAUAUCAAUCAACUUUGUCAAGAUACAAAUAUUGAAUUCAUUAUUUGACUUCAACGCAACACACUUUGCUGCUGAAUUAUUAGACAUUUUUUUUUGUGAGUAGACUAUUAGACAUAUAUUGUAUAUGUUUUAUCAUUUGGUGAUGGUAGUAACUGGUGGGGAAGCCAUAACCUCUUUCUGCUCUCAUUGUAAUUGAGUACCUGUGAUGGAAAACUUAAACUCACCAAAGACUUCUUCUUCUUCUAGUUUAUUUGAUGAGCUACCAAAGGAGAGAUGCUGGGGAGGCAGAGAGUUCUACAACUGGGAAGGAUUUUGGUACCGAAGUGACUUCCUUUCAGCUGCCAUAUCUACAAGGUCAUACUUCAAAGCACGUGAUGAUGAUGUCAUUUUAGCUUCCUCUGUGAAAACAGGCACUACCUGGCUGAAGGCUUUGAUACCAUCCAUCAUGCACCGCAAGCAAGAUAAUAACAACGAUGAUAGUGAUCCUUUGAUCAAGAACCAUCCAAAUUCACUUGUGCCAUCUUUUGAACUUCAAAUCUUCAGAGAAAAUCCGAAAGCUGAUCUCUCAGGUAUGCCUUCUCCCAGACUAUUCAGAACCCAUAUGCCAUAUAUGAUGUUACCGGAUUCUGUCAAGGAAUCUGGUUGCAGAAUUGUGUAUAUUACUAGAGAACCUAAGGAUGCAUUUGUUUCAUUGUGGCACUUCAUUACUGCAAACACAAGACCAGAACAAGGUCUGUGCACUUUAGAUGAAGCCUUUGAGAAUUACUGUGAAGGGAUUCAUGCAUUCGGUCCUUUCCAUGAUCAUGUUUUGAGUUAUUGGAAGGAGAGUUUAAAGAGCCCUGAGAAGAUACUUUUCUUGAAAUAUGAAGAGCUGAAGAGAGACCCCAAAUGUCAAGUUCAAAAACUGGCAUCUUUUCUUGGAAGGCCUUUUGUUGAUGAGGAAGAGAUUGAUAAGAUAAUAUGGAGGUGUAGCUUUGAGAGGCUUAAGAAUUUGGAAGUGAACAAAAACGGGACAGACCCUAAUGCUGGGUUUUCCUAUAAAUCAUAUUUUAGGAAAGGUUCUGUUGGGGAUUGGAAGAAUUUUUUGUCUGAAGAGAUGAAAGAACGCCUUGAUAACAUUACCCAGAUGAAGUUAGAGGGCUCUGGUUUGAAUCUGUAAAUUUCUUGAGCCACACCAAGUUUGUGUUUAAGGUUUGCUGCAAGUAAGGCUGUCUCUUGAUGUUGUGAACCCUUGUAUGACGUAAAACUGUUCAAGGUUCCACAUGUGAAUAAUUGCUUUCCAUGCACCAUUAAUGUAGAAUUAAUCUGCACUUAGAAAUAUUUGAUAUGCAACAGACAAUGUGUUUAGUAAUCAGUGAAAGAUUCCUAUGAUC